AUGAGGUCCUUGCACUACUUGUUCGCCUUGACAUUGGUCAUGGCCGGAACCGGGGUUUCGUCAGCCUCGCCCGAGCGCUCCGAAGCCGGCGCCCUUGACGCAGUCGGUGCUCGACUCGGGCGCCGCGCGACUCCCGACACGGUCGAACAAUUGCUGCGUCGUCAUCCCGAUGGACCUGUACCAAUUCACCCCCGAGAUUCGAACUCUACUGAUGAGUUCAAGAAGCGAGCUCAUGCGCCUCAUGGCUCGAGGGAUCAUGCAUUUUCGAAGCGUAUGGCUCAUCAGAGUGAGUUUUCAUCGUAGUAGGGAUCCACGGAGCCGCCUUCUGUCCUCCCAUCGGGAAGACAAAGUGCUAAUCCACUUUGAGAAAAUCAGAAUUGAAUAAGGGUAUCGUAAAGAAGAUCCGCGCUCGUCGUUACGAAGGUGAUGCCGUCGAGAAGAGGUGGAUCCAAGGUCCAUCGAUCAUUCAGGAUUCAACGCCGACGGAUGGACUCCCACCACCCGGAGCGAACAUCAAUUACUUCAACUGCACGUGGUUCGAUGAUUUUUCUUUCCGCUCAAGUCCAUCAUUCAUCAUAUCGAUAUCUUUCGAACUGUCACAGCGGCCCUCCCGUCUGGAACCGGCGGCGGUGGCCCUCGUCUCGUGCCUCCCACCUUCGCCCCUUUACCGACACCGAACCUGCCCCUUCUUGGACUUAACACGAUUCCCGCAGCCUUCCAAUCCGCCUCAGAUAGCUUCAAACUGGCACCAGUACCAACGACCACCCCGUCCGCCGUCGAACUUCAACUCGCAGCUGCUUCGCCGACACCGGGAAGAAUUGCCGACGCUUCUGCUGCGGCCGCGAUCGGCGGUGUGCUCAAGAACGUGCUCGACGUGCCAGUUGCUUCACCGACCGCGAUAGCCCAGAACGCGAAGCGCUGGGUCUGGGGUAGCUCGAUCAUCCAGGACGACUCACCAAGUUCGGGCUUGCCCGACCCGGCCGGAGGGAACGUCAACAAUUUCCCUGGCUACGGCGGCAGCUCGAUGGGAGGUGGCGGUGGUGGACCCCCCAUCUUGACACCACCUACGUUCCCUGUUUUGCCCGGUCAAGCCUCGAAUGGUGCGAAUGCUUUGGACCAAGCGGCUAAUCACUUUCCUUCGCUCUCGCUUUCGCUUUCGCCGUCGCCCUCACCCUCACCCUCGAGCGAAGCCCCUAUCAUCACGAGUCAAACCUCACCCGCUCCGGUCGUCGUCCCCAUCUCAUCGAGUGCCGCUCCACCCGUGACACCGCCGUCAUCGUCGUCGCCUCCCAUCAUCCCGGGGAGCGUUCGCGUCGUCUCUCCUCAAGACAUCACUUCGUCCUCCCCCGCCGCCGUUCCCCCAACGACUGCGACGUCUACUCGAUCGGUCCGCGUCAACUCCCGUGAGUCAAGCUCGACCUCUUAUGUCGAUUCACGCGAACCACGAACCCCUCAUAUCAAUACCCGUCUACCCCGAACUACUCAACCAGCUACGACUGCUACGGCUAAAACGACGACCACGCUCGGUGCUGUUCCAGUCAAACCCAAGACGACGAUCAAAGCUGCUGAGGCUUCAGGGCUUCGACCUACGACGAUCAAGGCGGCGGUUCGUACGCAGGUGGUUUCGAACAAGGUUGCGAAGAGGGAGGAGAUUGAGAGACAGAUUAAGGAGUUACAGAGACGUGUUCGGGAGAUGGAAGAGGAGGUGGAAGGUGGGGAGGAUGAGGACUUUGAGGCGGUGGAUGAGAUCGUACUCGAGUACGAGUAUGAUGAGGUUCCGGCGCCGGAGGAUGAGUGGCAUGAGGCCGAAUGA